AUGGCUAACUUCCCAAUAGCUAAAUAUAAAGAAGAUAAACUUGUGGAAUUAUAUUAUAUGACUAUAGGAAUUUUACUAGUAACAAAUGAAAAUCAUACAUCAAUAAACAUUCAUAAUGAAAUAGUUUCAUAUAUUUUGAAAAGAUCAUCAUCAGAACCUUUCCAUGAUUUAAUUUUAGAUUCUAAUAAAUUUUUGGAUAAAGAAAUUUCAAUCGUUGAAAUAUUAUUAAAUUCAAAUAAUAAUAAAUUAAACAAAUCAUCCUCAUUAUGGUAUUUAUAUAAGAGAUUAUUCAUACUGAAAUAUAAAGCGUCUCAAGAGGAUCAUGGAUAUAUAUCGAAUUUCAUCAAAGUUGUUUUAAAAUCUUGUGAAUUACAUCCAACAAAUUAUUACGCAUGGAAUUUUAUGAGAUGGUUAUAUAAAUUUUUAAAAUUUUAUAAUAUAAAGAUUAAAUUGGAUCUUAUUAACAUUAUUGAAGGUUUUUGUUUUAAGAAUAAUAAUGAUUUUGCAUCAUGGUCUUGUUAUAUUGAUAUUUUGACUUUUCAAUGGGAUGAUUUAGAAUUUUUUAAAUUUGAAAUACAAAAAUUUGGUUUAAUACUUCCCUCAAAUAAACCUCAGGAGUCAAAUCAUAUUGAUUUGUUACAAAGAAAAUUGGAAAAAUUAAUUAAUUGGAUAAAUCAAAAUGAAAUAAUUUCAAAUGUUUCUUAUGAAUCAUUAAGGAAAAUUUUCAAAAUUUUAGAAUCAUCAAAUAUAUCAAUUCAUUUAAAUGAACUCAAUUUUCAAAUUGAAGGAUUUAAUGAAUACUUAUCUCAACGAGGUAUCAAAUUCUCAUUGAAAAAUGGUUGGUAUGAAUUAAAUGAAAACCUCGAUAAUGAUUUAAUCCUUUCACAAAAAAUUAAAAGACAUAUAAAUUGGAUUAGGUUAUUAAAUUGGAUAAAUACAAAUACAAAACAACAAACAAAGACAAACAAGCAUUAA